AUAGGAAGGAAGAAGUCUAAUCUCUCCGCUACAAGAAGAUGGUUCGCUGUGUUGCCAAACUGACAGACGAUCUCAUGGUGGAGAUCCUUUCUCGUCUGCCGACCAAGUCCUUUUUCCGGUUUCAAUGCGUCUCCAAGUCCUGGCUCGCCCUUUCCUCUGAUCCCUACUAUCAGAAUAACUUCCCUCGUGCUGCAUCUGGCCUCUUCGUCAAUGUCCCUUAUGGAGACAUGACCGUCUACAGGCAUCGGAGGCGUAUCCAAUAUAUUAGCCUCUCAAACAGCGAUGACGAUCUUGCCAUCGACACCUCUCUCAGUUUCUUGCGCAAGUUAUGGAAUAUGGAGGUGAUCAGCUCCUCCAAUGGGCUGCUCCUCUGCCGCUCGUGGGUCCGAGAAAUCGACUCCAUAUCUCCUCUAAUCUAUGGCGACUUCCACGCUAUAUCCCUCUACGUCUGCAAUCCCGCCACUAGAGAGUGGGCUGUCCUCCCUGAAGAAGAUGAUAUCUACGGGUACCUUGCUUUGGGCUUCGAACCUCGCCUCUCCCACCACUACCAUGUCCUCCGCUUCGGCGGCGACGACGACGGGAUCCCUAGGUUUAGGAUCUUCUCGACUAGGACAAACCAGUGGGUGGAGAGCGAAGUCUCUUAUGGCAGAACGUAUAACAGCCUACAGGCUACUUUCACCAAUGGGAUUUUCUAUGUUGCAUACGGUCUAAACCAAGUCUGGGGAAUUGAUCCAGAGGGAAAGGUUUGCCACAGAAUCGAGCUGCCUGAGUCCGAUGGCAUGGACUGUCUUGGACACUCAGGGGGUUAUUUGCAUUAUAUGCUGCGAAGCAAGGGUAAGAUAAAGGUGUGGAUGCUUAAGGACUACUGUCAUGUCGAUUGGAUCUUCAAGCAUUGCAUUAAUGUCAGAGCUAUGUUACAGAAACAUGGGAUCCCUGAAACACCUUAUGUUUAUGUCACAGAAUUUCAUCCAGAUGUGGAUGCUAUUUUCCUUCGAAUAGAUGACAACAUCUUCUCAUAUCACUUAAAUAGUGGUAGAUUGGAAGAAGUCUACAACUUGCCUGAUACAAGCGGUCUAGAAUGUGUUGCGUAUUCACCCACUAAUCGAAGGGGUUUGGGCGAUGAGGUUGUCUGA